AUGGCCGUGAUGACUUCGCCCGCAAUGGACAAACCGUCCGUGGAGCCAAAACCCGUUCCAUCUGCAGACGCGAUGGCCUUGGAUGCAAACAUCAACGGAAUCGCAAAUGAGCAUGAUCCGCUGUUUGAUGAAGAUCCCGCGCCUCACCACGUUGACAUUCCUGCGCCCGACGCCGAUGCUCCGUCAGACGCCCUGCCAACGCCUGCUACAAACGGUGACGACGCCGUGAACGGUGCCGACUUGCACCCCGACGACGAAGAUCCGUUCGCCGACUCCAUCGCCGACCCCAUCACCGACGUCGAGAGUGGCAUCGCGCCCACUGCGCCCUUCCUCGCCGACCAGUCGCUCGAGCAAACGUCGCUUCCCGCACCGCCCGAAAACCUCGCGCCUACCUCGCUCCCGUCUGCGGUCGAGCCUGCGACCUCGGACGUGCGCGAAGAUUCCGCAUCGGUACCACAAACAUCCUUGUCUGCUAUAAAGCCUGAAGGCGCGAAGGACGCGCCCGAAGAUCUCAUGUCUUCAGUCCCGGCGCAACCCAGCGCACCGCCCGCAGAGGACAAGGAGGACAAGGACAAGAUGGAUGGAGAGGCCCAGACGCAAUCUGCAACGACCGACGCGCCUGCUGCCGCGGAUGUGCAAAAAUCGGACGAGCCGACCGAUCUGGUCCCUCCUCCGCCACCUGCAGAGGAUGCGCUGCAAACGCCCGCUGCCGCUAAGCCAGAUCCUACUACGGCACCAGCAGCACCUGCUAUCGCAGACCAGGAGAUGACAGAUGCGCCGUCGGCAACCAAGACUCGUCCCCGCGAGGAUGAUGAUGACGACGACGAUGAUGGUCCUUUGGCGAAGCGCGUGCGCACUGCAGAUGGGUCUUUGGAACCCAAUGCGAGCGGCGAGGCAAAGCAAAAGCAACAGCCACCUCCGCCGAUUACCAAUGGCGAUGUGCCGCCGUCGGCGGGUUCAGACAUGGCAGUGACUCCACCUGCCAUUAGCAAUGCGCCCGAAAAGAAGAAGUACGAUUCUCAGGCUCUUACUGCGGCGCAACACAAGUUCCUGAUGGAUCGUCUGCGCGGCGCAAAGAAGACGAAGCCGGCGGUACCCUUCCUGCAACCCGUGGACCCCGUUGCGCUGAACAUCCCUCACUAUCCUCAAAUCAUCACCAGACCCAUGGACCUGAGUUCGUUGGAGACAAAGCACAAGGAGAGGCGAUACCAGUCGGUAGAUGCCUUCAUGGACGACUUCUACCUCAUGAUUGACAAUUGCGUUCUGUUCAAUGGUCCCCAGCAUCCCAUCGCGCAAUCGGCCUGGAACUUGCAGAUGUGGUUUGAGCGUGGCAUGCACUUGCUACCCGGGAGGGACGCGCACGUAGAACAACUCCCCAAGAAGCCCAAGAAGUCGAGCUCCGCGAAACCGCCCCGCCGCGAGUCUCGUCCCAACAUCCCGGUGCACUCUCCGACCAAUUCGACUUCGAACAAUGCCACUUUCGCUCUUCAGGCUGAUGGCACUCCUAUCAUCCGGCGAGAUUCGUCAACUGGCGACGGACGUCCCAAGCGGGAGAUCCAUCGCCCGCCGCCCAAGGACCUGCCCUACUCGAACAACCCUCGGCCGAAGAAUAAGAAGUCUCAGCUCGAACUAAGGUUCGCGGAGAUGGUCAUCAACGAGAUGAUGAAACCGAAGUACCGGGAUUUCUCGUACCCUUUCCUCCAGCCUGUAGAUCCUGUCGCUCUGAACAUCCCGCAAUACCUGAAGAUAAUCAAGAGGCCCAUGGACUUGGGCACGGUCCACCAACGGUUCAAGCGUGGUGAGUACACCAACGCGAAGGACGUCAAGAUCGAUCUUGAUCUCAUCUUCGCGAAUUGCUACAAGUUCAACCCCGAGGGUGAUGAUGUGAACAAGAUGGGCAAAAUGCUCGAGGAGGUGUACAGGAAAACGUGGGACAAGAAGACCGAGUGGAUGGAGGAGCACGCGCCUGCGUCAGAACCGGCCUCGGAGUCAGAGGAUGACGAGGAGGAGGACAGCGACGAUGACGAAAACGAAGAGGAAAUCAGGCGGAGACAGGCUGAGAUUGCCGAGCAGAUCAUGAAGUUGACACAGGAACAGCUGGCUCUGCAGGCAAAGAAGGGCAAGUCCCCCAAGGUAGCAGCCAAGAAGGGCUCGAAGAAGGAUAAGAGCCAGACCAAGUCGAAGAAGCUUUCGAAGCACGCGGUGCCCGCGAAACCCAAGAAGAAGAUGAGGCAGAUCACCUUUGAGGAGAAGCGCCUGAUCUCCGAGACGAUCAGCAACUUGGAUGAGGUCCAGAUGGCAAAGGCAGUCCAGAUCAUCCGGAAUGGAGUGCCUGCUCUUCAGUUGGAGGGCGUCAAUGAUGACGAGCUCGAACUGGACAUCGACACCAUCCCCAACGAUGUGUUGCAUGAUCUGCUUAAGUAUAUCAAGACGGUCAACCCCGCCGCCGCCACAGCCACAGCUGCCGUAGCGACGUACGAUGAUGACUAUGAGCCUCCUUCUCGUAAGAACACUGCCGCGCAGCCCAGAAAGAACAAGCCCAUGGGCAAGCACGAGCAGGAGCAGGCGAUUGCAGAGAUUAAGCAGCGCCUCCAGAACUUUAACAAUCGUGGCUCUAGUUCCGACCAGUCGCCAGAGCCUGUGCAGACGACCCAGAGGGACGACUCGAGUGACGACGAGUCGAGUGCAUCGGAGAGCGAAGAGGAGUAA